AUGCAUUUUGUGAUAUUGGAAUCUCUAGUACGAGGUUAUCGAUACUCUCCUGCAUUUCAUCUUGGCUCUCUACCCUCACUACUUCCUAAGAAGGACAAAGCAAGAAAAAAUAGGGCAAAGUCAGGAGUGAAGCCGGAAGAGGUUGCAACCGAUUGGCCCAAAUGCCGGAUCGAUCUACGAACAGUUGAGUGA